AUGUCCCGUGAACUUAUUUUUAGUGAAAAAUUCCCUCCUAAGCCGCACAACUGCCCUGCAGUCAAGGUCCCCGGUCUAGUCUUUUGCGCUGGCCAAACAGCCACUGGAGAGAUCAGACAGGCAACAAAAACCUGUCUACAGAAUCUCAAAGAAGUUCUCGAACUUGCAGGAUCGUCGCUUGAAAAGGUUGUCAAAUACAAUGUCUAUCUUGCUGAUAUGAAGGAUUUUGCCGCUAUGAACGAGGCAUACAUUGAGUUCUUGCCCAAGCCGAUGCCAUCUCGCUCGUGCCUCCAGGCAGUUCCUCCAGGAGACGGGACAGUUAUUGAGAUUGAGUGUAUCGCACAGGCUUGA